CAACACUGUCAGCAAAAGACAACGCAGGUUGUUUCCCUUUCCCCAUUUUCUUGUUUAAUCCCACCUCUUUCUAGGUGGAGUUAGCUCGCCAAAGUUUUCCUUUUCAUUUGACGGAAUUAUCCAAGUCCCAACUUUUCGAUAAUUUCAAUAAAUGCUGUUACUCUGCGACAGUGACAUAUGAUCUCCAAGACUCCAACCGACGUGAGAAAGAAAUCCAUUAUUCCGUUUACUUCUAGAAUUUUGUAGGCGGCAGUCGGUUGGUUCCUUCUUGUCAAUGCGGUGCCGAAUUCAUCUGAUUGGUGCUAGUCAUCGCCUCUAGGUGUAAAACCCCCACAUUCAAAAUUAAAACCGCGUGCCCUUCUUAUUUGAGUGUUUAUAUUCAAUUGUAGUUGAACAAUUGGCGCUUGAUAUUGUUUAAUUCAGUAUUUUGAUUGGAUUGGAGUAGUAGUUGAAGUUGUAAAGUGAUUUGAGUAGAAAAUGGUGGGAGCUGCUGAGGGUUUUAGUGAUGGUGGUAAUGGUUUAACGAAUGGGGCAAUUAAUGUGGCAAAUGGUUUGUCAGAGGAGAAGAUUGAUGAAAUCCGUCGUUUGUUUGGGAAAUCUGACGGCGAUCCGUUGAGGAUUGUGGGGGUUGGGGCGGGGGCGUGGGGGAGUGUGUUUGCUGCAAUGCUGCAAGACGCGUAUGGGGGUUUCCGUGAUAAGGUGCAGAUUAGGAUAUGGAGGAGGGCAGGGAGGUCGGUUGAUCGGGCCACGGCGGAGCAUCUGUUUGAGGUGAUCAAUUCAAGGGAGGAGGUGCUGCGGAGGCUGCUCAGGCGGUGCGCGUAUUUGAAGUACGUGGAGGGGAGGCUGGGUGAUCGGAUUCUGUACGCGGAUGAGAUUUUGAAAGAUGGGUUUUGCUUGAAUAUGAUUGACACCCCGCUUUGCCCUAUGAAGGUUGUGACUAACUUGCAGGAGGCUGUGUGGGAUGCUGAUGUCGUUAUCAAUGGAUUGCCGUCGACUGAGACGAGGGAGGUGUUUGAAGAGAUUAGUAGGUAUUGGAAGGAACGGAUUAGUGUGCCGGUUAUCAUCUCUUUGGCGAAGGGUAUUGAGGCGGAGUUGGAGCCAGAGCCUAGGAUAGUUACUCCGACUCAGAUGAUUAAUCGAGCUACUGGGAUUCCUAUGGAAAAUAUUCUAUAUCUUGGAGGACCUAAUAUUGCAUCGGAGAUCUACAACAAAGAAUAUGCUAAUGCUCGGAUAUGUGGAGCUGAAAAAUGGAGAAAACCACUGGCGAGGUUUCUUAGACAGCCGCAUUUCAUUGUUUGGGAUAACGGUGACCUUGUUACUCAUGAAGUUAUGGGGGGUUUGAAAAACGUAUAUGCAAUUGGAGCGGGGAUGGUUGCAGCCCUAACUAACGAGAGUGCAACAAGCAAGUCUGUGUAUUUUGCUCACUGCACAUCAGAGAUGAUCUUUAUCACCCAUCUUUUGGCAGAGGAGCCUGAGAGGCUUGCAGGUCCUCUAUUGGCUGAUACUUAUGUAACGUUGUUGAAGGGUCGUAACGCAUGGUAUGGUCAGAAGUUGGCUAAAGGUGAAAUAAACCUUGAAAUGGGAGACAGUAUAAAAGGCAAGGGAAUGAUUCAGGGGGUUUCAGCCGUAAAAGCUUUCUAUGAGCUGCUGAGUCAGUCUCGUUUAAAUAUCAUGCACCCUAGUGAAAAGACGCACAUUGCACCAGUAGAACUCUGUCCAAUCUUGCAGAAACUGUACAAAAUACUGAUAGUGAGGGAGCUGGCAUGUGAGGGGAUUCUUCAAGCCUUGCGAGAUGAAACCAUGAACGACCCUCGAGAACGCAUUGAGAUCGCCCAGCGCCACGCCAUCUACAGACCUUCUCUACUCAUGAACUAACAUCGGUGUUUAGAAAGAGAUUACUACUCCAAUUCUUGGCUGAAGUUGGAGGUGAAACGUGUAAAAGGUGCCUGGAGAAGUGGAAGAAAAAUAACUUAUUUUUUAAUAAUUUAAUUUAGCAACGGUAUUAUAGAAGUAAAUACAAAGAAGGGAAAAUUUAGGGAGAUCUAAAUUAUUGAACUUCAGUAAAUUAUUAUACAUCUAAAGGAGUAUUAUGAAGGUGAAAACAAAGUGGGAAAUUUAGUGAUCUAAUUUAUUGAUCUUCUGUAAAUAGUUUUGUACGCCACUGCGGUGCUUGUUAUGAUCAUAUUGGUUA